AUGGACUCAGCAUAUUGGAUAGAGAGAUGCCAACAGCUGGAAGCCCGCAUAAUUGAGCAAGACCGGGAGAUAAAAGACAAAACACAACAACUGGAGGAUGCAGACGAACACGCCAAAUUCGUUGAGACCGAACGAAAGGCUCUAAAGCAAGAAAUAAAGAAUUUGAGAAACGAAAUGGAAAUCCAACGAAAAAAUACAAACGCAUUGACUCACAUUGGCGUUGCUGUCCGGGUUCGUUUUCUUGAACAUGCCAAAGCUCAGGUUAUGGGUCUCCACAAACACAAUUUCGAUGCCAAAUUUAUUCGAAGAGGAAAUGAUGCGGCCCAUAGGGCGUACGGCGCUGUAGAUUCUGCUUUAUUUACUGGAAACUAUCUCACAGACCGCGAAAAGAGACAACUGGAAGAGGUUUAUGGUCUCAUUUACGACGGCUUAUCUCCUCAAAGUUAUGGGAAUAUGCCACCACGCAUGCUUCAAGCAAUUGAUCAUCAGGGUAGUAUUGUUUCACUUUAUGCUUUGAAAAAUGAGUCGAUGUCAAUUCGGGAUAAACAGGCUGCAGGCGAUAACAUGGAGUUUUUGAAGAACAAGUGCAUAGAGCUAGGAAAUGAGGCAUUUGAGAAGGACGAGGGCGUUGCACGCCACUUACGGAGACUUGGAGAGUUCGCAGACAUCAUCAUCGCAAAGUCUCGACGGCAGGGUGCUUUGACGCAUGGUGCCAACCCAGGAACACCUUCCUCUAGUUAUGAACCUCCUCAAACUCCACCGUUUUUCCAAAACCAUCCCAGCCCUUCUCAUCAACAUCGUGGCAAGAGACCUAGAAGAGGUUAG